GGGACGAGGACGAGGAGAAGGGCGAGCAAGCCUUUCUGGAGGAUGGCCAACAGAGCCGGGAUAUGGUGAUCGAGCGCAGAUCAGCACGUAGACAGAUCCAGUCCCGCUGCCCUGUGUGUUGGAAGAGACCUCUGUGCAUAGGGGUGAUAGCAGCCAUUAUUGCUGUAAUACUCAUUGUAGUAGCUGUGGUUAUAUGCAGAGCUACAUCCCCUGUGCAUGAAAAUUUGUUCUGCCCUGAUAAGUGGACACGGCAUGGACGUACCUGUUAUUUUGUAUCGAAGAAUGCCACUGUUUGGAAAUCUGCCCAGGAGUACUGCAAGGAGGAAGGGGGGUCAUUGCUGGUCAUGGACAACACCUCCCAGCGACACAUUGAAGAACUGUUCACUCUGAAGGAAGAUCAUUGGAUCGGCCUAAGAAAAGUCAAUGAGGAAUGGAAAUGGAUAGACGGAUCAGUCUACACAGGCCAAGUAAAGCAUGAUGUGCCACAAAUGGACUGUGCAUACUUUAAUGGUGGGAUUGGUGCUCUAGAAUGCUCUUCACAAAGGUCGUGGAUAUGUAUGAAGUCACUGUAA